CCCGAUAGGAGACGCUACCGAAAUACCUCCCUCUCCUUCACUCCUUCCUCACUCUUCUUUCCUUCCUCCCGAGUCCAUUCAUUCAUUCAUGCAAAUCUCCAUUUGUAAAUGCACCCCAAAUACCCACUUUGAAUUUUGAUGUUUGAUGAAGCCAAGUUUCUGCUAAUUGGAUGGGCGCUCAGAAGAGCAUCCAUGCUGGCAAAGCCAAGAUUGAUGUUAACGUUGAUUUCACUCACAAGUUAUGUGCCUCUUUGAUGCUUCCUCCUUUGAGUAAUGGCAGUGGCAGUCCUCUCUCUCUCAUCAUUGGCAGUCUUUGCAUUAAACAUCCAAACUUGUUUGGUGGAAGUGAGAAGCUUGAUGUGUCAUUGGAUAAGGGUUUGUAUGAUUCCAAUGUCUUAUUGGCUUAUAGAAGGCCAAGACCUGAAUGGCUGGCUCAACAAUCUUUUGUACUACAGCAUUCUAUUUCACCUGAGAUAGGGGUCCAUGGCAUUCCCAUGGACAAUUUCUGUCGGUCAGCUAGUGGAGGUGUAAAUAUGUCUCGAUUAUCAGUAGGCAUGGAUCUCAAUGAACCUGCAAGUUCCAACUGGAGUAGCACAACUAGUAUAAAGUUUGAGCACGUCCGGCCACUGAAUGAUAUUGGCCACUCAAUGAGCCGAGAUCUUGAUGGGUUUCCUGUCACAUGCAGUGGAGGUCCUCAUGAUAGUAUGGUAGUCCUAAAGCAAGAAUCUCGGUACGCAAAGGCAAAUGAUCACAAGUUUUUUCAUUUCAGUUUGCAAAUAGAACAAGGGAUACCAGUUCUAUCAAAGUGGCUAAUAUUUAACAAGUUUAAAUUUGUUGCAUCAAAGGGAGUCAAACUUGGGCCAGCAUUCCUCUUUACAAGAAUGACAGGUGGUUCCAUUGUGGGGGAUAUGGCUCCUUACCAAGCAUUUGCAAUUGGUGGUCUUGGUAGUGUGCGAGGGUAUGGUGAAGGUGCAGUAGGAUCGGGGAGGACAUGCCUUGUUGCAAAUACCGAAUUGACAUUACCUUUUAACAAGAUGCUGGAGGGUGCUGUUUUCUUGGAUUGUGGAACUGAUUUGGGAUCUGCACAUCUUGUUCCAGGAAACCCAGCCCUGAGGCUAGGGAAGCCAGGAACUGGAAUUGGCCUCGGAUAUGGUCUUCGUUUGAAAUCACAGUUCGGUCAUUUUGUGGUUGAUUACGCUAUUAAUGCCUUCCAACAAAAAACACUCUAUUUUGGCAUCAGCAACCUCACUUCAUGAUUUCCAAAGUCUAAAAAGUUGCAGAUUUCACCCUUUUCCAUUUUCACGUUGUUUCCCCAGCCAGCCACUGGUCACAUGACUCACAUCACAGAGGUAGCAUACCAUCUUAUUUAUUGCUCAUGAUGAUGUGGAUUCUGAAAAAUGUUUGAGCUGCAGCUGUUCUUUAGUUCCCCGAUUAAUUAGUCAAAUUACAAAUUCAAGAGCAGUGGAAAUAAUUAUGGUUUUAUUUCCUAUUUCUGAAAUACAGGUUUUAAGUUUUUUUUUUUCAUAAGAAGUUAAUUGGUAGAUAGUUCUUUACAAGAUAGCUUAUAGUUAAAGCAUAUACUGAUUGGACUGGAAAAAAGGAAUUGUAAUCUAAAA